UAAUAAUAUCUCUAAACAAUCACAAUCAUCAAAUCCGUUUACUUCUAAAAAUAAAUAUAUUAAUAAAUCCAAUCGUUUUCAAAAUACUACUUCAUUUGCAUCUCCAAGUACUUCACAAGCAAGCAAUAAUUCGUCUAAAGGUUAUCUUUGUGUUGUAUGUAAUGGAAAUCACAGAAUUUAUAAUUGUCCAGAUUUUCAAUCUAAAUCGAUUGCAGAAAAGCUUGCAUGUGUGUCUGCAUAUAAAUUGUGCAAGAACUGUUUGCGACAAGGACAUCCUGUUUCUGAGUGCUUCAUGGGCUCGUGUAGGCAAUGUAAUCAAAGACAUAACUCUCUUCUUCAUGAUCCUAGCGUGUCCGCUCACUGUACUAGUAGCACCACUGAUGAUAGUAGCAUUGAGACUAUCUCAGCAUUUUCACAACAAAGUAAUCCGUAUGUACUUUUGUCUACUGCAAUAAUAGAAGUUUAUAAUCCUAUGAAUAACAAAUCAGAGAAGGUUCGUGCUUUGCUGGAUAGUGGCAGCCAAUCUUCUUUCAUCACCAAAUCUCUGCAACAAAAAUUAAGUUUAAAAUGUGAUACAAUAAAUCCAUUAACUGUUAUUGGAAUAGGUAACAAUAAUUGUAAUAAAGUAAUAGAAAGUUGUAAUACUCACCUUAAAUCAAUCCAAGGCACUUACCAAGUGAAUUUGUCUUGCUACAUUCUUCAUCAGCUUACCGGUGACAUUCCAAAGGUCCCAGUUGAUGUCCAAAACCUUAAAAUUCCAAAAGAUAUCGUAUUAGCCGACCCUAAGUUCAAUGAACCUGCUCCCGUUGAUAUGCUCAUCGGAGCAGACUUGUUCUGGGAUAUCAUAGUUGGCGAACAGCGCCCUCUAGGUCCCAAGAAUCCAAAAUUACAAAAUUCUAAAUUGGGCUGGAUUAUAGCCGGACCAAUUAAUUUUCCAAUUUCCAAACAAAAUAUUCAAUGCAAUCAUGCAACUAUUUCAAAUAACGAGCUACACGACAUCCUCACAAAAUUUUGGGAAAUUGAGAGUGUUCCUCCAAAAAGAAUUCUCAGUCCCGAGGAUACUGCUUGUGAAAAUCAUUUUCUAAAUAACACAUUUCGUUUGGAUAACGGGAGGUUCUGUGUCAGAUUACCACUAAAGGAAUCGCCAGACUGUCUCGGUGACUCAUACAGUCAAGCAAAAAAACGUCUCCUUAAUCUUGAGAAAAGAUUUAGAAAAAAUCCUACACUAAAGUCACAAUAUGUAGAAUUCAUUCGUGAAUAUUCAGAAUUAGGUCAUCUCUCUGUGUCACCUAUUUCAAUUCCAAAUCCUUCAUACUUUCUAGGUCAUCACGCUGUCUUCAAAGAGGACAGCGAGUCCACUAAAAUCAGAGUGGUCUUCGACGGCUCCGCUCCCACUGCCUCUGGAUAUUCUUUAAAUGAUAUCCUUAUGGUAGGACCUAAUUUACAAAAUUCUCUAUUUUCCAUUUUGGUUAGAUCGCGUCAAUACAAGUACCUUCUUACUGGAGACAUAGCCAAGAUGUAUAGACAGGUGGCUGUGUCCCCGGAGGAUUGUGACCUUCAAUUAAUACUAUGGAGAGAAGACGAGUCUCAUCCUAUUCAAACUCUGCGACUAGGUACUGUUACUUACGGAACUGCAAGUGCCAGUUACCUUAGCACAAGAUGUCUUUGGCAGGUGGGAGAAGAGUGCGGUGAUAAAUUAAUAAAAACGAUAAUUCAAAAUGACUUUCUAGUCGAUGACGUCAUCACUGGGUCCGAUAGCGAAAGUCAGCUAAUAUAUAUUCAAAAGGCUUUAACUAAUACUCUAAAUUCGGCUUGUUUCCCAUUGCGAAAGUUCAAAACUAACUUACCUGAAUUAUUUCAUAAUAUCGUCGAAAUUAAUACAAAGGAUAAACUUACCUUAAGUGAGUCUUCCAGUACUCUCGGCCUCGGCUGGGAUCCAAAGGAUGACUCGUUUCAUAUACCUGUAAGAAUAAAUUCAAAUAAUUCAAAUGAGUUAAUUACUAAGAGAUUCAUAACUUCACAAUCUUUCAAAAUUUUUGAUCCACUUGGUCUAAUAAGUCCAUGCAUUAUUCAAACAAAAAUACUCAUACAAAAUUUGUGGUGUGAAGGCAUUGACUGGGAUCAGCCUGUGCCUGAUGAUUUAAAGGAAAAGUGGUAUGAGAUUUCUAAAAACUUACCUUUACUUGCAGACCUUCGUAUCCCACGUAAAGUUAUUUGUGAUUCACCAAAAUUCAUUGAACUUCACUCAUUCUGUGACGCUUCGCAAGUCGCGUACGGGGCUUGCAUCUACAUGAGAUCGCUUAAUAAAGAUAACGAGGUAACAGUGAGGCUUUUAUGCUCAAAAUCCAAGGUUGCUCCUGUAAAACCGACAACGAUACCUCGCCUCGAGCUGUGUGCAGCGGUAUUGGCAGCAAACUUAUGGCAUUUCUUGAUUGGCAGACCACUCAACGCUCUGCCGACUCCAGCACACGAUGACUGCAAGGCUACCCACUUACAACGCUACGCCCGCCUUCAGCAAAUAAGACGAGAUUUCUGGAACCGAUGGAGGCGAGAAUAUAUAUCCGAACUUCAGCUACGAACCAAAUGGAAAUCCAACACCUCAAAGCUAAACAUCGGGGAUCUUGUUCUUCUCCAUGAAGAAAACGUACCACCCCUAAACUGGCGUCUGGGGCGUGUGGUGCGACUGUUCCGUGGACCAGACGACAUUCCGCGUGUGGCUGAUGUCAACACCUCAAGAGGCUGCGUGCGACGCUCUCUAGUUCGACUGUGCCCUCUGCCUUCGCCUGAAGAUUUAAAGGUUGAAGCCUAGGCCUUCAACGGGGGGAGGACAUGUCUACGCCCAGAAUUUUCUUAGUCUAUCAGUGAUAAUCAGUGUUGUCUAUAGUUCAGUUUGACGUUUGACAAAUGUCAUUGUCAUAUGUAAUUUUUCCCACCAAUUUUUUACCCAACUAAAAAACCAUCAUGUCUGCAUCGUACAACUAAGUCAUAUAAUAUUGGAAUUAUACGAAUUAUAAAAGAA